AUGUCCCUGGCUGCUGCCCUAUCAGACAUAGAUAUUGAAUACAUAGAUGGUGUCACUGAAGUCUUGGAGAAGACAUUGCCGCCCGGUGGGAAGGAGACAAACCUGAGCAAAGGGAGCCUAGGUGCCUGGCGCGCACAUGUUAAUGUGCUGAGAAAAAUCGUCGAGCAGAAUAUCACUACCGCACUCAUCCUCGAGGACGAUGCCGAUUGGGACUUGCGCAUAAAAUCACAGCUGCGAGACUUUGCACGAGCAUCGCGAAUGCUCGUCCAGCCUCUCCCCGGCACGACCGAUCAGUUUCUGGAUCCCACGUACCCCUCGCCGGCGGCAGGCGCGAAGGCCCCGAACUUCAUGCUCAGCGACAACGUAACCACGCGGCCCACGACCUCCCCCUACGGCGACAUCGACCGGUGGGACGUCCUCUGGCUCGGCCACUGCGGCGUCCGCUUCCCGCACGCCUCCGACCGCAACGCGCCGCUGGGCCGGGUGGUGCUGGCGAACGACUCGACGGUGCCGGAGCCGCAGCACCUCGACCAGCUGUUCGGCAGCGACGAGCUGCAGCGCGAGUACGCGGCGCACACGCGCGUCGUGUCGCGGGUGCGCGUCGGCACCUGCACGCUGGCCUACGGCCUGUCGCAGCCGGGCGCGCGCCGGCUGCUGUACGAGCUGGGCGUGCACCGCAUGACGGACAACACGGACAUGAUGUUCCGCUCCAUUUGCGAUGGCGUCGACGGCUUCCCCCUGCGCACCUGCCUCACCGUCCAGCCCCAGCUGUUCCAGCACCACCGCCCCGCCGGCUCCAAGCUCGGCUUCAGCGACAUCUCCGACCACGGAGACGACUACAACGCCCAGCCGUACACCCGGAAUGUUCGGUGGAGCACGCGGUUGAACUUUCCGAGGUUGGUGGACGGGAGGACGGAUUACAUUGACCUGUUCAAAGAUGGGGAGGAUUCUGUGGAGUUUUGA